AUGGUGAGAACUCAUACAUCUGCAAGUGGUGAUCAGGAGCCUAUUUUCGUGCCUUCUUUUGGGAGCACUAUCGGAGGCAGAGGUAGGGGACGAGGUCGAGGUCGGGGUAGGGGCCGUAUUGCAGCACUUGUGGAAGGACAAGUACCAAUAGCUACCCAAGGCCAUGAUAGGACAGUAUCUCCUGAUGAUGCAGAUGUUAUUCAUGGGGAUGUGCAGGAUCGUGUUGAGGGGGAUGGACCAACUCAGGCUCCACCUAGUAUUAUUGCCACCCUAGUGCUUCAAGAUACCUUGGCUCGUAAGUUAGGACUUCUAGAGGGGAUGGCUCAGGCGGGAACUUUGCCUGUCACCUAUGAUGCCUCACAGACCCGUGUUGGAGGUCAGACUCCAGAUCCGAUGGUUGCUCCAGAUUCUCAGACUCCCAAGACUCAGCCAGUUGUUAUUGUAGCUCCCCGUUUAGAUAGUAUGGAAUUGUCAGGUAUUGCAUCACACUUGGCGAACUGGCCAUCCAUGACCGUUGAUGAACAAAAAAUGUUUGAGAAGUUCAGACUAAUGAAUCUUCCGACUUAUACUAGUGACUUAACUGAGGAUGCAUAUGAAUUUAUAGUCGUCGCCAUCGCUGUCGCUGUCGUCAUGACUCGCGCAAACCACUUGUGUCGCUCACAUUAG